UCCACCACAACAUCGACCUUCUGCCCGUCCACGACUCCUUUCUCUUUUGACCAACGUAUACUCGCCUUCCUUUUCCCCAAUACACAACACAAUAAUCUACAAUGGCGGACCAAUUGCAAGAGAUCCUCGACGUGCCCCGCGAGUUCCUCAAGGACGGUAUCCAGUUCAUCAAGAAGUGCCAGAAGCCUGAUCGCCGCGAGUUCAUCAAGAUCUCCCAGGCUGUUGGUACUGGUUUCUUGAUCAUGGGUGCUGUCGGCUACCUUGUUAAGCUCAUCCACAUUCCCCUCAACCAGGUCCUCGUUGGCGGCGCGUAAGCACUCCACGAAUUUCGACGAAAAGGAGCAGAAAUGCGGACGAAGUUUUCACCAAGAAUCGAGGGACAAGAUACCCAUGAAUGCUUUUUUCACGACAUGGACGGACGACGGAGAUCCAAACACACAGAAGGAUGAGACCUUGAAGGGCUGGGUCAAAAGGACAACGGCACCGGGCGCCGUCGAACGAUAAUCGGUGGGCAUGGAGAGACGGGGAUAAAGAAGAUGGAAAAGAUAUCCUAUAUGCAGGUGUUUGUCACGGGGUCGACCGACGCCUGCUUAUAAUUUCCACCACGCCUGGGACGGGACGUCGGGUACCCUUGAGGCGAUUGUAUAAAAUCAUUUGAUGGCGAAUUGGCGGGGGGCAUAUGCGGAGAAGGUUUUAAUACUUAUGGGAAAUGAAUGGCGCUUUGUUUGAACAGCAACUCU